AUGGGCAGCCUUCCUACCACCUUUGACAAGCCGGUUCACAUCGCCGUCAUUGGCGGUACUGGCCUCGGCCAGCUCGAGGGCUACACGCCCAUCGCCGCUCUCAACCCCGACACACCCUGGGGCAAGCCUGCCUCGCCCAUCCAGAUCCUCUCCCACGGCGAAAUCAACGUUGCGUUCCUCGCCCGCCACGGACUACACCAUCAGUUCGCGCCGCACGAGGUGCCCAACCGUGCCAAUAUUGCUGCCCUCCGCAGCAUUGGUGUACGCAGUAUCGUCGCCUUCUCUGCCGUCGGAUCUCUGCAGGAGGAGAUCAAGCCCAUGGACUUUGUACUCCCUGACCAAGUCAUUGACCGCACCAAGGGCAUUCGGCCUUUCACCUUUUAUGAGGGUGGAGUUGUUGGCCACGUCGGCUUCGCGGAUCCAUUUGACAAGAAGCUGGCUGAUGUUAUCAAAACCUGUGCUGCCUCCAUGCAGGGCGAAGGUGUCGUCCUUCACGACAAGGGCACUCUGAUCUGCAUGGAGGGUCCUCAGUUCUCAACCCGCGCCGAAUCGCACAUGUACCGCUCCUGGGGUGGUUCAGUCAUCAACAUGUCGACAUUGCCCGAAGCCAAGCUUGCCCGCGAAGCUGAGAUCUCUUACCAGGUCAUUUGCAUGGCCACAGACUACGACUGCUGGCGCUCAACCGAGGAUGUCAAUGUCGAAAUGGUGAUCAAGUACAUGCAGGCAAAUAGCAAGAACGCCAAGCACCUUGUUGGCGCAGUUUUAGAUCAGCUGUCGAAGCCCGAACACAAGGAGCUCGCCACCGCUGCUCACUGGGUUGGAUCUGUAGAGGGCGCCAUUAAGUUCAUGACCAAGCCCGAUGGCCGGAGCGAGCAAGGCAAGAAGAACGUCGAGUACUUGUUCCCCGGCUUCUGGGCUUAA